AUGGAAACACCAAAUGAGACAAAAGCUUCACCGGGAAACAACCUCAGAAGCAGAGGAGCUGUUGGUAACAACAGCAAGAAAGAUAUGAUUUUCCGAGCUGAUAAGAUCGAUCUGAAGAAUCUAGACAUCCAGCUGGAGAAACAUCUGAGUAGGGUUUGGUCAAGAAGCAUUGAGAAGAGUCCCAGACCUAAAGAAGAAUGGGAAAUUGAAUUGGCUAAAUUGGAGAUGAGGAAUGUCAUUGCUCGUGGUGCUUAUGGUAUUGUCUACAAAGGCAUCUAUGAUGGUCAAGACGUUGCAGUGAAAGUUCUUGAUUGGGGAGAAGAUGGUUACGCAACAGCGGCUGAGACUUCUGCUCUCCGUGCUUCGUUUCGACAAGAAGUUGCCGUUUGGCACAAACUUGACCAUCCCAAUGUCACUAAGUUUGUGGGAGCAUCAAUGGGAACGACUAAUCUGAAGAUACCUUCAUCAGCUGAGACGAAGAACGCUCCGCCUCAACGAGCUUGUUGUGUGGUUGUGGAGUAUCUUCCUGGAGGAACUCUUAAGCAGUAUUUGUUCCGUAACAGGAGAAAGAAACUCGCUUUCAAAGUCGUUGUUCAGCUCGCUCUCGAUCUCUCCAGAGGGUUAAGUUAUUUGCAUUCAGAGAGAAUCGUUCACAGGGAUGUGAAAACAGAGAACAUGCUUUUGGAUUAUCAGAGGAAUCUAAAGAUUGCUGAUUUUGGAGUAGCUAGAGUUGAAGCUCAGAAUCCAAAGGACAUGACUGGAGAAACUGGUACUCUUGGAUACAUGGCUCCAGAGGUUCUUGAUGGAAAGCCAUACAACAGAAGAUGCGAUGUGUACAGCUUUGGGAUAUGCUUGUGGGAGAUUUAUUGUUGUGAUAUGCCUUAUCCUGAUCUCAGCUUUGCUGAUGUUUCUUCUGCUGUUGUUCGUCAGAAUCUGCGACCGGACAUUCCAAGAUGCUGUCCGACAUCAUUAUCGAGCAUAAUGAAGAGAUGUUGGGAAGCUAAUCCGGAGAAACGACCGGAGAUGAAGGAAGUUGUGAGGAUGCUUGAAGGAGUCGACACCUCCAAAGGUGGCGGAAUGAUCCCGGAAGAUCAACUAUCUGGCUGUUUCUGUUUUGUCUCCGGCCGUGGUCCCUAA